AUGAAAAUUCAUUCUUAUGAGUACAGGAAAAUCAGGCCGAGAAUGACGCUGAGUGUUUUCAUCAAGAUCUUGCUACUUAGCUUAUUCGACCCGAUUAUCGGUCAGAACAUGUUCUAUGCCGGCAUGAGAUAUUCUUCGGCCACGUUUGCUGCAGCUAUGUGCAAUCUUCUUCCUGCACUAACUUUUGUAGUGGCAUGGAUUCUCAGAGUUGAGAAGGUGGAUUUCAAAAGUAUACGCAGCCAUGCAAAGAUUAUGGGGACUUUGGUGACAGUAGGUGGAGCCAUGAUUAUGACUCUAAUUAGCGGGCCCAUAAUAGGAUUACCAUGGACACACAAAGCCCGUGAUAGUCAUGCUUCGACCAAUCCUAAUGACAAGGAGGACCCGGUUAAGGGAGCCCUGAUGAUCACCGUUGGAUGUCUCGGUUAUGCCCUGUUUUACACUGUUCAGGCCAUCACGUUGAAGUCGUAUCCUGCUGGACUUUCGCUAACGACUUUAAUAUGUACACUUGGAGCCUUGCUCGGGACUAUUCUGACUUUCUUGGUCGAGAAGGCAAAUACUUCGGUGUGGGCCCUUGGAUGGGAUGCCAAGCUUUUGGCUUAUGUUUAUGGUGGAGUGGUGUCGUCUGGAAUAACGUAUUAUUUAUCCGGGGUGAUAAUGAAGACAAAGGGACCGGUUUUUGUGACGGCAUUUAAUCCUUUGGCCAUGGUUAUCAUCGCAAUUUUAAGCUCCUUCAUUUUCGCCGAGCAAAUGACAGUGGGAAAAGUAAGUGGAGCUACAGUUAUCGUAAUCGGGCUAUACAUGGUAAUUUGGGGUAAGAGCAAGGACCAGAAAGUAAUUGAACUAACUAAGCAAGAUAAGCCAGAGACGAAACCUUCAAGUUCAACCGAUGAGGCAAAAGCUAAUGGUGUGAAUGGCUCAGAGAUGACAACUGGACCCAAUGCUGUUUAAGGAGAAGGAUAAUAUAUAUUCUGACUCAUCAAUCCUCGAAUCUUCAUCUAUAUGUAUUUGUGGCUACGUACACCCACUAAAUGUGGAAGUGGGAAUAAGUAGUUAAUACUAGCUUUCUAGAACUUUCUACGUACCUCUCAAGACAUAUAUGUCCCCAAGAAAAAAAAAAUAAAAAAAAAAUUGUGUAUCAUGUAACUUAAUUAUCAUUGGUUCUAUAUUUAUAUAUAAAUU